UGCUGUGAAAGGUCAAAGCUUCCCUCAGCUCCUGUGGAAAUGGAACUAGGACGUGAAAUGAUGAAGUCGAGAAAUUUUCCGUUGUCUCUCGUUUUGCUUGGGGCUUUCCUGUCGUUCACAAGGGGAUGGAUGGACUUGGAUGGGAGCAGACGGCCGCUCUCAGACCUGGGGAGGCUGCACCAAGAGGUAUCCGGAAGGUUUGAAGUCACAAGAAGAAAAGUUCUUUAUGGUCAGGAUGGCCUGCAUGCAUCAUGUGAGAAGAAGUACUGCGGCCGAGGGAGUAGGUGUGUGGUGAACAGGGACACCAACCAGCCUGAGUGCAGGUGUGUAGAAGACUGCAAGUCCAGCUACAUGCCAGUAUGUGGAUCUGAUGGCAAAUUUUAUGAAAAUCACUGUCAGUUACAUCGAGCCUCAUGUCUUCAGAGGAAGAAAAUCUACAUUAUCCACAGCAAGGACUGUUUCUUCAAAGGUGACACGUGCACCAUGGCCAGCUACAGGCGGCUGAAGGGCGUCGUGUUGGAGCUGCAGGCACAGCGCUCAGCCCCACCGCGCCGCCCAGCCGCCGACAGGGCUGCCCCGAAACGUGCUUUGGUGGAGGAGCUCUUCCAGCACCUGGAUGAAAACAGGGAUGGGCACCUCAGCAGCUCGGAGCUGGCACAGGUAAUGAAGAAAGAGGAUCUGGAAGGUGAUUUAUUGGAUUGUACGCUGGAAGACCUCCUCCGGUUUGAUGAUUAUAACAACGACGGGCGCUUGACCCUGCAAGAGCUCUACACGGCCUUCCAGGUGCUCCGGCUCACACUGCCCGAGGAGCAGCGGGUCAGCAUCACCACCAUCACAGUGGGCCUCAGCACCAUCCUGACGUGCGGCAUCCGCGGGGCGCUGCGGCCGCCCAUCAUCUGGAAGCGCAACGGCAUCAUCCUCAACUUCCUUGACCUGGAAGACAUCAAUGAUUUUGGAGAAGACGAUUCCCUCUACAUCACCAAGGUAACAACUAUUCACAUGGGCAAUUACACCUGUCAUGCCUACGGCUAUGAAGAGCUGUAUCAGACCCACAUCCUUCAGGUGAAUGUGCCGCCGGUGAUCCGCGUCUACCCUGAGACGCAGGCGCAGGAGCCCGGCGUGUCGGCCAGCCUCAAGUGCCAUGCUGAAGGCAUCCCUAAUCCCCGAAUUACCUGGCUGAAGAACGGCAUGGAUAUCGUGCCAAAACUAUCCAAACAGCUCACGCUCCUAGCAAACGGGAGUGAGCUCCACAUCAGCAGUGUUCGGUAUGAAGACACUGGUGCCUACACCUGCAUUGCUAAAAAUGAAGUGGGAGUGGACGAGGACAUAUCUUCACUUUUCAUAGAAGAUUCUGCAAGAAAGACCCUUGCAAACAUACUGUGGCGAGAGGAAGGCCUGAGCGUCGGGAAUAUGUUCUAUGUCUUUUCUGAUGAUGGGAUCACAGUCCUUCAGCCAAACGAAUGUGAAAUCCGGAGGCACAUCAGGCCCGAGGAGAGGAUCUUCUCCAGUUAUGAGGAGAUCUGUCCCAGAGUGGAAGGGGAAGGCACUCAGUCCUGCCUCUGGGCCUCUGCAGUCAAUGUCCGAGACAAGUAUAUCUAUGUGACACAGCCUAAGCAGAACAGAGUAAUGAUCAUUGACAUCCAGACACAGAAAGCUGUGCAGUCUGUGGACGUGGACCCUUUGCCAACCAAACUGCAUUAUGACAAAUCCCACGACCAGGUGUGGGUGCUGAGCUGGGGUGAUAUGCGGCGAUCGUCGCCAACACUGCAGGUGAUACCGGAGGCGAGCGCAGGGGAGGAGCAGCAUGUGAUCCGCACGCCGUUCAAAGGAGUGGAUGACUUCUUUAUACCACCUACAAAUCUUAUUAUUAAUCACGUUAGGUUUGGCUUCAUUUAUAACAAAUCAAAACCCACCAUCCGCAAGAUCGACCUGGAAACAGUGACCCACAUCAAGACCAUCAGCUUCAGGAACUACAGCUGCGCACCACAGACCAUGGCCUACACCCACCUGGGGGGAUACUUCCUGGUGCAGUGCAGGGACCAGCGGGGGGCUGCUGCCCCACAGCUCCUCAUCGACAGCGUCACCGAUGCCGUGGUCGGCACCAACGGCGCCGUGCUGGGCACACCUCACAUCUCACCGGAUGGGCGCUUCCUGGUCAGCGCGGAUGGGGAUGGAGGCAGGAUUCAGGUCCAGACUGUGACCGUCCAGGGGGAAAUCGAGCUGAUUUAUGACUUACAAACAAACAUACAUGUAUCUGAUCUGACAUUUCAACCCUCUUUCACCGAAGGCAAUCAGUACUAUAUAUAUGCGACUUCACAUUUGCAAACAGAUGUGCUUUUCGUAGAGCUGUCGACAGGGAAAAUGAAUGUACUGAAGAAUUUAAAGGACCCUAUCACAUCCAAAGACUGGCCCUGGAGCAGCUACAACAGAAUUGUGAAAGACAGUGGGUUGUUUGGACAGUAUCUCAUUACACCAGCGAAAGAUUCAUUGUUUGUUAUAAAUGGGAGGCAAAACACAUUACGCUGUGAGGUUUCAGGUAUAAGGAGGGGUAACACAGUGGUCUGGGUUGGGGAGGUAUGAAGGGGCAGCAGCAGCAGAGCCUUUGGCAGACAGUACCAGUUGGACCUUUAUGCUGCAACAAGUGAGCAGUAGCAUUGUAUAUUUUUUACACCAGGGGAAAAAAGAAAAAAAGAAAAAACAAACCAACCCUGUAUAGGCUUCAUGGUACAACACUGGUCUACUUGCAAGUUUUAUAAUACAAGGUAUGCUCUGCUAAUAGGAAGUGGUUUUGAAGGGAUAUUUUUUUAUUUGGGGGUAUGAGUUGUGGUUAUGAGAAAACGCUGGGAAGCAAAUGUCUCCACUGAGCUACCACGUAAGCCACAAAACCUAGUGAUUCUGUAGAACAAAACCAAUUUUGAGUUCCCAUAUUGAAGGGCUUUUUGUUAUAUUCACACCACCCGUUCUCUCCCCUCCUCCCUCCCCCGCCAUGCCAGCUGCCCUGCCCAAUUUCUGCAUCUAAAAUACACGAUGACAAAGGAAAUUAACCAUCAGAGAGCAGUUUUCAAACCACAGAGACCUGGGAGAGAGAUUUAAUGAAAACCGAUCCAUUUUCUCUGCAGGUUGGCUUUGGGAGGAUUCAUGGAUGUGGUUUCAGAAAGAGGCACAACAGAAAUAGUAACUGUCAGCUUGCUGUCUUUGGUGCUUAAUUUUGCUCCUGGUACUACUGAAAGCAACGUUACGAGCUCUGCCUCUUCUAACACAUACAUAUAAGAUUGCAUAGGAGAAAUUCAGCAUGAAAUAUCCAGGCCAUUAGAGUGCGUAAAAGCCAGAAAGGACUGGGAGGGGUCAGAUAUUGUUAGAGGGAGAGAAAAUGGAGGUGUUAGUCCUUAAGCAUCUUGUGAGCGCCGUCAGCUUGGGCACAGGAUGCAAAGUCUGCUCUUCAGUGGGCAGAGAAUCAAUCGUAGUCAGUAGGAGGCAGCAGCACUUCUGGAAGUUGCUGGUUGCUCUCAUCAAAUAUUUAGCAGUGCUGAAGUUGCUAGGCUCUUCAUAAAAUAACUACAAUCAGUAUUUUAAGCAGAAAACUCAUUUUCUAGUUGCAGCCUUUGCUUGCCUGUUUCUUUUCAGACAUUCUGGGAAACCAUUCUUUGUUUUCUUUCUCCCCAUUUCCAGUACAUUUGUUUAUAGCCGAUUAUCUUUUAGUUAUGAGCAAAGAAGUUCAUGUAAAACCAGCAGAAUUACCCAAGAAUGCAACAGCUGGCAUCAAGAAAUUCCACAUCAGUUCCCAUAAAAAUACAGAUCCAUUUGGUAAGACAUAAAAACUUUUCUAAUUGC